GUGUCUGGACAUGUUCAUAAUUGUCACAGCCGUACACCUCAUCGGACCUAGUUUUCCACCUGUUGUGAAUUUUCCUGCUCCAAAAGAAUCCACCGAAAAAUGACCUCCUCAUCGUAUCGUAGUUCGGAUCGCCGUACCAGCCGCCGGUACGAGGAAGAUGGCGACCGGCACCACCGGCACCGGUCUAGAAGUGUGGACCGGUGCCACCGGAGCCGGCGCAGCCGUUCCGAUUCGCGGGAUCGCUACCGGCGCAAUCGCUCCGCUUCCCGGUCGCCGCGUGGACGGUCGCGCCAUCGGAAAAGCUCCACUGCGCCGAACGCCUCGCGCAGCCGGAUCCGGGUCGAUUCGCCGGAACCGAGCCGUUGCUUGGGCGUGUUCGGACUGAGCGUGUACACGACGGAGCCGUACCUGAACGAUAUCUUCUGCCACUUUGGCACGGUGGAAAAGUCGGUUGUGAUCUACGACGCCAAGACGCGGCUGUCGCGCGGGUUCGGAUUUGUGUACUUCAAGUCGCAGGCCGAGGCAUCGAUCGCGCGUGCGAACUGCAACGGGCUGCAGAUCCAUGGCCGGCGCAUUCGCGUCGACUACUCCAUCACGGAUCAGCCCCAUCCGCCCACGCCGGGCGUGUACAUGGGCCGAAGGCAGUACAGGUUAGAAUCGGAAUGGAAACCCCGUUGCCACCUAGCAAGGGAAAGUGUUCAUAGGAGCCACUCUCCGUCCCCGCGGAACCGAUCACACCAUGAGGAGCAUCGACGCCGCCGCCGAUCUCGUUCGUAUUCCCGUUCGUCCUAUGAGAGCCAUUGAGGCCCUAUGGUAGCAGGAGCAUGUGCCGGACAAUAAUGUAAGUCGAAAAAGUAGAAGUCUUGAACACAGAAAAUUUGGAACGGUUCUGUAGUGUACACAGGGAAAAAGUCAAAGAAAUAACGAAAAUGUUGUUGUUCUUUGCCGUGUUUGUGCAAAUUAAUUUAAAUGCUAAGGGAAAAGUCAAGAGAAAAGACGCAUGUUUGUCUUUCCUUACAAGCAUGUGAAAAAGACUGCGUUUCAUUUGCAUCAAUGUUUUCCGGAAGUAGGCGCAUCGUGGGCAGUUUGGAUGCAACGAAAAGGUUUCAUUAUUUAAUUCCAUUCA